CUAAUCUCAAGGAAACAAUAUCCAUAUCUCCUACACAUAAACAACUCACACUCAUCUAAUAAUCUUCAAGGAGUUUCUUAGCUCUUAUGGAUCAUUUGUUACAGCAACAGGAUGUGUUUGGGAAUUAUAACAAAGCAAGAGAAGCCAUGGGAGGAUCAUGUUUAGGCCAGGAUCAGAAAAAACCUUCUCCGGCAACUGGUGCGGCGAAGCCACAGCCACCGGAGCUGACCGUGAGAUGUCCACGUUGCGACUCAACGAACACAAAGUUUUGCUACUACAACAACUACAGCCUCUCUCAGCCUCGCUACUUCUGCAAAUCAUGUAGGAGAUAUUGGACCAAAGGCGGAACCCUAAGGAACAUUCCCGUCGGAGGCGGCUGCCGGAAAAACAAACGCUCGGCGACAAGAAGCCUUAGAACCACCCCGGAACCAGCGUCCCACGAGGGGAAAGCGUUCUCGGCGGCGAGUUUCGGUGGGUAUAGUAACAAUGAACACAUUGAUCUCAGCUUAGCCUUUGCAUUGCUGAACAAGCAACCUCCGGGGAAUUCUUCACAGCUAGGGUUUGGUAGCUCUCAUCAGCCUGACAUGGAGAGUGUGUUUGGAACAAGUCAGCAAAAGGGGAACGCUGGUUAUGCGUUUGGAAACGGGAACAGCGGUUUGGAUAUGUCUAUGACUGAUCCAAACAAGAUGUUAUGGGGAUUUCCGUGGCAGAUGAAUGGAGAGGGCUUUGGGAUGAUGAACAUGGGAGGAGGUGGUCAUGUAGAUCAUCAGCUUGAUUCAGGGAGAGAGAUUUGGACCAAUAUGAACUAUAUUAAUUCUGGUGCUCUGAUGUAG